UGUAAUGAAAUUUCUGGCAACUCUAUCAGCUGUUGCCAUGCUUUGCACUUGGGUACGUAACAUAACAAAAGUUUCGAAGACCACAAAAUGUUACCAAUUUAGUGACCAAAUAAGAUAUAUUCGUGCCCUUAAAAGAGUACAAAGUGAUCUCAUCGUGCCAGUGGAACAAUCAAAUGUAGCCCAUCAUGAUAAUCCAGUCGAAAAGAAGCUCACCGAGCAGAAUGAAAAACAAAGCGCUGUUGCAUUCGAUUUCGGCAGCCGGGAGGCGCACGUGCCCACCUUUAAUCUAGCGGCCCAUGUGAACAACUCUACAACAUUGCAGCAGUUGCUUAGUUUGGGCGUGGAUCUGCACAGCAUUGAGCGGCGCAAAGGCUUGGGCCAGUACGUGCUGCGUCUGGACUUUGAGGAAAACGUAAAACCCUACUUAACAUUUCUGGCAGACCAGGGGAUAUCACCAGACAGCUUUGGCAAAAUGAUCACAAAAAAUCCACUGAUAUUCAAGGCGGAUCUAGAUGAUUUGCAAACUCGUAUUGACUACAUGAAGAGUAAACGCUUCUCAGUUGAGGCACUGCAGCGCAUCUUCACAAAAAACCCAUAUUGGCUAAUGUUCUCAACCAAACGUAUUGAUCGACGAUUGGGUUAUUUUCAAAAAGAGUUUUACCUAAGCGGCCAUGAUCUACGAUUGCUGGCUACCAAGGAGCCACGUCUAAUAACAUACAACAUGGAACAUAUACGUAAAUCCGUAUUCACACUACGCGAAGAAAUGGGCUUCAGUAACAAAGAGCUGCAAUCGUUAAUUGUCCACACGCCACGUCUGAUGAUGAUCCCUCCUGAUGAUCUUGUCGAGCGCUUUAGCUAUGUGCAUAAUGAUAUGGGAUUGAGUCAUGCACAAAUCAUACAAUGUCCUGAGCUUCUCGCUUCUCGAGAGUUUCGUUUGCGGGAACGACAUGAAUUCCUUAAGCUUUUAGGACGCGCUCAGUACGAUCCACAAAAGGACUUGUACAUUUCACCUAGUGAAAUUGUGCGGGGCAACAAUUUUUAUUUUGUAAGAAACGUUGCUAAAAGUGAUUUGGAAACUUUUGAUUUGUUUUUGAAAACACGAUAAUUAAACUUUGUGCGCGCAAAAUCAAUAACAGGGCUACAC